GCGGGCCUGGGGUGCCACGAAGCUCAGCAGUCCUUGCUGGGAGCCUGAAACAAACAUGGAUCACGAAGACCUGGGCAAUAUUGUCCUGCUGGCCAUCGUCACCCUCAUCAGCGUGGUCCAGAACGGGUUCUUUGCCCAGAAGGUGGAGCACGAAAGCAAGAACCAUAAUGGGUGGAGCUUCCAGAGGACGGGGACACUUGCCCUUGAACGGGUCUACACUGCCAACCAGAACUGUGUCGAUGCGUAUCCCACCUUCAUUGUCAUGCUCUGGAGCGCCGGGCUCCUCUGCAGCCAAGUUCCUGCAGCUUUUGCUGGACUGAUGUACUUGGUUGUGAGGCAGAAGUACUUUGUUGGCUACCUGGGAGAGAGAACGCAGAGCACACCUGGCUACAUAUUUGGGAAACGCAUUAUCCUGUUCCUGUUCCUCAUGUCCCUGGCUGGGAUAGUCAACUAUUUCCUCAUCCUCUUUUUCGGAAGUGACUUUGAAAACUACAUCAAGACAAUCACCACCACCAUCUCCCCCCUCCUUCUCAUCCCCUAACUGAAUUCCAGGUGGGUGUGCUCAGCUAAUCAGUACCUAGAAGCCAUCAUAACUCAACCCUUUAAACCAUGCUGUAAAUCUGAUGACCCUCUGGGCUUUGCAGCUUGAGUGAACCUCACUUUUCCCGGAAGAGAAUCUCUUCCCCCCCAACCCCGAACAUGAUGGUGGCACCAGAUUUGCUCCUCAGAUCCCGUCUGUGUGUUUCUUACUUAUCCUGCUUUCCAAAGAUGUUUUGUGACCCGAUUUAUGUUUUCCUAAAAUAAAAUGCAGACACAU